AUGGUGAGAGAGACGAACGCCCUCGCUGGAGAAGCAUCGAGCAGCCGCCGAAAGAGGCAACGGCUUCCCUCCACCGUCGAAGAAGAAGGAACAGGGACGCUGUUAGAGCUAGAUCUUCUCGACUGUCCCAUUUGCUGCCACGCAUUGACGAUUCCUAUCUUUCAGUGUGACAAUGGACACAUAGCUUGCUCUUCUUGCUGCGGCAAAAUGAGGAACAAAUGUCCUUCCUGCAAUUUACCUAUCGGUAACUACCGAUCAAGAAUCAUGGAGAAAGUGGUAGCCGCAGUCGUAGUCCCGUGCCCGAACGCGAAACACGGCUGCAAAGAGAAGUUCUCCUACGGCAAAGAGAUAGCACACGAGAAGGAAUGCGCCUUCGCUCUGUGUCACUGUCCUGCACCCAACUGCAACUACAGCGGCGUGUACAAGGAUCUCUACAGUCACUACGAUGUGACACACAGGGACGUGGACCUGUCGAAUAAUUUCAGCUGUGGGUUUCGGCAUAGCGCGUGUGUGAACGUAAGUGGAGGUUAUUUGGUGCUUGAGGAGUAUAGAGAUGGUCCUUUGGUUGUGGUUCAGAGUUUCAAGGAGGAGCAAGGAGUGUGUGUGGCUGUGAACUGUAUAGCACCGUCUGCUCCUGGUGUUGUGAAGUACUCCUAUGAGCUUUCUUAUUCGUUGGGAGGUAACAGUUUGUCGUUUGGGUCCAGGGAGAUGAACAGGAUUCGGAAAGUGAGCUUUGAAAUUCCGGAGGAGGGCUACAUGUUGAUUCCUGACUUUUUUCAAGGUCAAGUUGAUGUGUUGAAGAGAUUGGAGAUUUGCAUCCGCCGGGUAGUAGAAGGUGAAGAAGAACCUGAAGAAGAAGAAGCUGAAGAAGAAUAUGAUGAAGAAGAUGAAGAUGAAGAGGAGGAAGAAGAAGAAGAAGAAGAAGAAGAAUAA